UUGAAUUGGAAAAGGCCAGUUUGGCAAUCGGCCGUUCCAUGUUCCCAUCCAAAGAAAGAAAGAGACAGGCUAUGGAAUCAACCGAGUUUGAACACUCCUAUUGUCUGAUUCUGAAGCUAUUCUUUCAUCAAACUGAUCGCCACGAGUUGAGAAUUCUGUUAACUGCAGUAUUAGAGUGAUUCUCUUGCCUUGCUGAUUGGAUCUGCUUCGUUUUCCUUUUGAUUUCUGAUGGAGAUUGAAUGCCAAAUUGUGAAUGAAACUGAGCCUUUGCUUCAUUCUUGUAGGUUUUAGCUCUAUUAGAGUUGCUAAUCUUUGAUAGUGCUAGAGUAGUGGAGGAAGGGGGCGGGGGGGUUUGUUCAGCGAUGGGAUUAUGGCUAUUAGCUUCAACUGGCCCACCAAUUAAACGAAGAGCGGGUCUGAGAAUAAAACAGGCGGGUCGAAGUUCAUAUAGCGGCAGCUAGGGAAUCCUUUUUUCUGGUUUUUCUUUAUUUCGUUUCUUUCGAAUUUGUUCUGCAUAUUUGUGUGCGCUGGAAGAGUUAGCUCUUAAGCGAAGAAUGGAAACUUCUCUCAAGCAGCUGUUGGAAAGCCUUUGCAACAAUUCACAAUGGAUUUAUGCUGUGUUUUGGAAGAUUAAGUAUCAAAAUCCUUCGAUAUUGACUUGGGAAGAUGGGUAUUGCAAUUGUUCAAAAUUGGAAAAUCAUAUGGGAAGUAUGACAGAGUGUAGGAUGAUUAACGAAAGGGAAGAACAUGUUUCUUCAUACUAUGGAACAAAUAUUCAUAAUGGUGAUUCUGGAGGUUGUUCAGUUGGAGCAGCAGUGGCUGAUAUGUUUUACCUUCAAUAUGCGCUGGGAGAGGGGACGGUGGGCAGCGUGGCAAGUUCUGGAAAUCAUAAUUGGGUUGUCCUUGAAAAUCUUUUUACCAGCGAUUUACUCUCGGCUUCUAUUUAUGAGGGUCCUACUGAAUGGCUACUUCAAUAUGCAUCUGGUAUCAAGACUAUUCUAUUGGUGCCUGUUCUUCCUUUUGGAGUGUUGCAGCUUGGCUCGUUGCAAAUGCUUACCGAAAAUCUGUCGAUGGUUGGUUAUAUCAAAGACAGAGUCAGUGCCAUUAACUCUGUUGAUGGAAAUGCUACAAGUGUUGCUUCAGACAAGGGUGUUUGGCCUCUCUGUGCAUCAGUUGUACCUAGUCCCUUUGGGAGCUUGGAUGAUCCAACAAACGUUACCAGUUGUAUGUUUCAGGCUGAAAAUCAUGGGGCUAUUGAUGACGUGAAGCCACUUGUGUCAACUUUUAAUCAGUUUGUAACCAAUCAAGAUGUACUGACUGUAUCUAGAAGAACUAGACCCGAAACUCUUCACAGUGAAAAAGGACAUAAAGGUGAAUUAGAAGGGACUACUAUGGAAGAACCAUUUGCUUCACUUUAUCAAUCUAUUAGAGAUAGUGAAGUAGAAUUUUCUGAUUUAUUUUGUCUGGAACCACUGCUAGCUCCUUGCAGUCAAUUGAGAAACAAUGAGACUGGAUUGUUUGAAGGGAACCCCCAUAGUUAUCACUCUUGUUCUGUGGACAAUGUAGUUGGACAACAAUUUGGACAUAAUCUCGUGAGCAAGAAAGAAUAUGGCUCUGCAGAUAAUUUCUUUAGCUUUCCUGAUGACUGUGAACUACUGGAAGCACUGGGAUCAGCAUUGCCUGCACAUAAACAUACUAAUGAGCUUGCACAUGAUUCAUCUAGCUCAAUCAAAAACACAACCUCAAGUUUGAUGUGCAGCAGUGAUUUCAAGGAAGGUGAUCUUGAGCAUCUCCUGGAAGCUAUGAUAACUGCAGAUGAUACUUUUUCGAAUAACACAAUCAAUGCCAGAAUUUCCUCCCCUGUGGUAGGAAGAUCGGGUCUUUCUGCAAAAACAUGUUGUCAGUCUGAAUCAAGCGCAGAAGUGGUGGAUGAUCCAGCCCUUUGGAUCUUUCCUGAAUCUAAGGUGACUGAAACAGGCAGGAAAAAUUUGACUAGUUUGUCGACAUCAAACUCUCUAGUUGUUAGUGCACGGGAAGAAAAUAAUUGUGACAUUACUAAACAUAAGAAUGGGAUGAAAAGUUCCAAUUUUCGCCGACGGAUCAAAGUUACUUCUAAAGCAAGACAAAGGCCAAGGGAUAGACAACUGAUCCAGGAUCGUAUAAAAGAGUUGCGACAAAUCAUUCCAAAUGGUGCUAAGUGUAGCAUUGUCGGCCUCUUAGAGAAAACCGUAAUGCAUAUGUUGUACUUACAACAGGCAACCGACCAAGCUGAGAAGCUGAAGCAGCUAGCUCAAGAGGGUUCUAAUUCUGAGUAUUCCACUGUUCUGGAAAAUGAGGAUUCUCAACCGAAUGGGGCUAGUUGGGCUUGGGCGUUUGAUAUUGGGAGUGAUCUCCAAGUUUGCCCCAUUGUUGUAGAGGAUCUAGAAUACAAGGGACACAUGCUUAUAAAGAUACUAUGCGACGACAUGGGACUGUUCUUAGAGAUCUCUCGAAUACUCCGAGAUUUAGAGUUAACAAUAUUGAAGGGUGUGAUCGAACGCCAUUCAAACAACUCUUGGGCUCAUUUCAUCGUCGAGGCUCCUAGGGGCUUUCAUAGAAUGGAUGUUUUCUGGCCUCUACUGCAUCUUAUCCAGCGUAAAAGAAAUCCCGUCUCAGGUAGAAUCUGAGCCUCAUCCUCCAUUUUAAGCAGUUAUGAUGAAGUUGGUCGAGAGUGAAACAUUUGUUGUUCAUUAAGUAAUGUUUUCCUUGUUGUAUAGUAUGCAACUGAGAUUCGUAUAUACUAUAAUAUCACAUAUAUGAGAUUUUCAUCUUAUUGUAUGCAAAAUGGUUGAGAAAUAUAGGUCUGAAGGCUUUAUUAUAAGUUUA